GCGGGAGUAGCGCCGAAGGAUGCCCACUCCGAAACAGCGUGGGACUACAGCGAGACGCCUCACGCUUCCCGCUCUACGAACUACGCCGCGUACGCAAACUUUUUCAGCGAAAACGCGUGUUAAAAGGAAUUAAUUAUUCGGACGUAAUAUGCAUCUGCGAUUCAUUUUCUGGAUUCGUAAAGCUACAAAGUAUAGUGAUUGUGAAGUGCUUGCAAGAGUUUCGGAUUCAAUUCAUCCUUAUUAUACUUUCGUUGUUUUUGGACAAGUGUUACGUUAAACUAGUACUUUUAGAGAACAACCGUAUUAGUUCAAGACAAAUAGUGAAAAUUAAAUGACUUGAUAAUUAUAACGAAGUGUUGCAAUGUGUUUUACUUAAAAAAAUCACAAGUGUAAAAAUGAAGAAAAAAAAUCAAGUUCAAUCUACGGAAAGGCCGAAUAGAAAGCGAAGGUUGUCACGUGAGAAAUCAACGAAACUAGCUCGGGUCGCAAGAGAAGAAGCGCGACCUAAGCAGUCGACUCAAAAUAACACAAUAACAUUCAUCUAUGGCGGAUGUGAAACUCUAUCCUGUGGAGCAGAAGCUGCAUGUAUUCAGCACAACAACACAGUGCAUUAUUGUGUAUGCACAACUAACGCUGAACCCGCCAAAGAAGGUGUUGAAUGCCCCCGAAGUACAGUGCCCCUGACGCAGCGCCAAGCGAUCCACAAUGUAAUCCCACCGCGGCCGUCAAACGCCACCGACCUCAGAUACCCACCGUCAUCGCCCACCGCUCAAGCACCGAAUCCACUAGUAAGCAGUGAAAUAAUAGCAGAAGCAACAGCAAGCAGCGAUACAGCCAUUUUAGGAUCAGGCGCCUACUCCAAUGCGAGUGCCCCAGUGCUGUUGAGCAUGGCUGCUGGAUGUGGAGUACUAUUGCUCAUAGUUUCGAUAGUUAUAUUCUACCUCAGGAAACGGAUAUGUAACAUCGAUAGAAAAGACAAACCGCGUAUACGGCCAGGAGAACCACUACUUGCUGAACGGUAUAUAACGAACCCGCAGUACGGCGUAUGCGGUGCAGGGAAUGUUUCGGCUCCAGUUACUGUGCCGGGAUCUCCCGCUCCACCUCCAUCAAAUAAAGGGAACGAGCCGCAAGUUACACUCCUAGAAAGAAAUGCUUUAACGUUCCUGGAAGAAGUCGGUGAAGGAUGCUUUGGGAAAGUGUAUAAAGGGGUUCUAAGAAGUACCACUGCUGAAGAGCAGGUUGCUAUAAAAGUCCUAAAAGACAAUGCCGGUCGCAGCGCAGAAGAAGAUUUCGUUAGAGAAGUUUCCAUAAUGUCAGCAUUCCGUCAUCCUAAUAUAUUGACACUAAUAGGCGUAGUAUACAGAGAUGAUACAAAUGUAAGUCCAUGGAUGGUUUUCGAGUACAUGGAGUGGGGUGACUUAGCGGGUGUUUUACGUGGUUCUCGGGGAGGGAGACGACCAGGCUUAGUUCUCGAUGAAUCGGCUUUACUACACGUAGCUCUACAAGUAGCGCGUGGAAUGCAAUAUCUGGCAUCCAGAAGGUUUGUGCACAGGGAUCUGGCUGCUAGGAAUUGUCUAGUAGGUACCAAUUUAGCGGUUAAAAUAGCUGAUUUCGGGAUGUCUCGUGACGUUUACACGUGUGACUACUAUAAAAUGGGUCGUGAACGACCUAUGCCUGUGCGCUGGAUGUCACCAGAAAGUAUUGUUUAUGCUAGAUUUACUCAUGAAUCCGAUGUUUGGUCCUACGGCGUAGUUCUUUGGGAAAUUUACAGUCGCGGAAAACAACCGUUUUACGGUUGUAAUAACUAUGAUGCUUCAAAGAAGAUUUUAAGGGGAAUACUUCUUGUGCCACCAGAUGACUGUCCCCGAUUCGCAUGUGAAUUAAUGAGAGCAUGCUGGGCAAUAGAUCCCAGGGAUAGGAUAAUGUUUGAUGAAAUAUGUACAAAGUUAGAAGCUGCUCAAGCAACUGGUCCCGAUUCUAGCACUCAAAUGCGACUACCUCGGCCGCCGGUAGGGCCUUUAGAAUCAGAAGGCUACUUAGUUCCUAAUCCACCACCUCCAACUGUAGAUUACUUAAAACCUCUACCGGAUCUUGACCCAGAUUCAGACUUUAGUGAAGAUGAUGACGUAGAAGAAUAUACUUGACGUCCGGACCCCGCGCCCAGUUCGCAAUAUGUUCCCCGCUCUUCACCCUUGGCUGCAGCUAGGUGGACUGCCUUCACAUUCCUAUCACCAAUGGAUAAUGAAUAUUUUGAGUGCUAAAUCAACACUCUCUAUUCUGAAUAACCAGUCUAAAAUUAUUUACAAGGAAUGUAAUGCCUGAAUAAUUUUAUUGUAGAAAUAAUACUCAAAUAUAUUAUGACGUGUGAUAUUACAUGUGUUUGAAAAUGUGAGUGCGUGUGUAUGUGUGUGAAUAGUUAAAUUAUCUUAAAAUAUUACAGAUCAUCAUUUUGAAUAUUGUGCCAUAUAAAUAUGAUAUACCAAAAAUGUAUGUGAUGGUCUUUAAUGGAUUUACUACAAUUCCAUAUUUUAUUCAAAUGUAACUAAUACGUGUAGCUAUAAGCUUAUGUACAAUACCAGUAAUGUAUAAGCAAAAUGUAUUCUUUU